GGGGACGGUUUUUUUGAACCAGCGGCGUUGUUAUUGACGCCAUAUUGCUGGCGAGGGAGAGUCACAGAGAAAGGCCGCCGCCGCCACGACGACGACCCCCCCCCCGCCGCAAUCGGGCUUCAUCGGCGGCCUAGAGCCCGCUAGCUUCCCGCCCAGGCGCUCCCGCCGGCCUAGAGACCCUCCCGGGGACAACCAGCCGGGAAUUGGUCGCCGGCGGAGCCCUCCGAGGCCGGAAGAGCCGGGCAAAGAGAGCCGGGGGGCAGGACCACGAAGACGGGGAAGGCCGGGAAGAGAGGCCGAGGCCUAAAAGGAAGAGAAGGCCUACUAGGCCUCAACCGCCAAAGACCCCGAACCUCUUCCUUAUCAAGGGAGGCCCGGCCGGUGUAGCCCUUCCUCCCUCUCUCCCUUGAUCUCCCGCUCCAUCCCCGGCCAUGGCCUGCGGAGCCACCCUCAAACGGACUCUGGAUUUCGACCCGCUCCUGAGCCCGGCCUCGCCGAAGAGGAGGCGCUGCGCCCCUUUGUCUGCUUCCUCGGCCGCCGCCGCAGCCGCCUCCUCCUCCUCCUCUCCCUUCUCCUCCUUCUCCCCUGCUUCCUCUUCCUCGUCCCCGCAGAAGUACCUCCGCAUGGAGCCCUCGCCCUUCGGGGAAGUGUCCACCCGACUCACUACAGAGCAAAUCCUGUUCAAUAUAAAACAGGAGUAUAAACGCAUGCAGAAGAGGAGACACUUAGAAAAUUUCCAGCAAACAGAUCCUUGUUGUUCUACUGAUGCACAGUCACAAGCAUUUCUUCUUUCUGGACCAGCUUUGCCAGGUAUUUCAUCUGCAGCAUCAUCGCCACUGAAAAAAGAACAACCCCUGUUUACUCUCAGACAAGUUGGAAUGAUCUGUGAACGUUUGCUCAAAGAACGUGAAGAGAAGAUCCGUGAAGAGUAUGAAGAAAUCUUGACCACAAAACUUGCAGAACAGUAUGACGCAUUUGUGAAGUUCACGCAUGACCAGAUCAUGCGACGAUAUGGAGAACAGCCUGCAAGUUAUGUUUCAUGAAUCAUGUUUUCUGCAUAUGUGGGCAGCCCUGAAAUCCUGUACUAUUGUUGCAAGCUGUCCUUUAAAGACUUGCAGCAAUGCCAUAUUUCCCCUCCUCCCCCUCCUAUAUACACUGGUUAUUUCAAGCUUUUGUCAGUGGCAACCACUCUUAUGCAGCAACUGGUUUUGGAGUGUUCCCUGAUGUCAGUACCACCUGGAUGUGGACCUUUGCUACCUGUUAAUACCAGUGGUCUCAUUUGCUGUAUCAUUACAAUUUGGCUUAUGUUAAUAAGUUUGAAAAGUAAAAGGAUUAAAGCUGGUGUACUAGAACUCUGCCCUUCAAUGGUCUUGUAAAUAAAAGUGUAGAAUGACACUUUGAUGGAAGUUAGUGUGGUUUUCAUAACUGUGCACUGCAAAGCUGUAUUCACAGUUAAAUUAGAAUGUAAUUCCUGGACAACUUUAAGCAAAUAGCCCACAGUACUGCCUGUGAAAUAGUGAAGGAGGGCAUUUCUGUAUUCCAUGACUUUUGCGGGGGGUGGGGGUGGUUUAAGAAUGGGUUUAUAUAAUUUCUCAUUUUUGUAGGUUUUAUUUAUUCUAUCAGUCUUUAACAAAUGUUUAUUGCUGCAAUUUUUCAGUGUAUCAUUGUUUUACUGCCCUUGUAGUACUGGAAUUUAGUUGAAUAAAACAUUUACUUCUAA